GGUUGUUGCUCUUGUUGUUGCUGAUUUGUGGCGUAGGAAUCUCCGGCAUUGUUCGUGGUGUUUUGGGAGGCAAUUCUGGGCUUUCGGUGGUGUUUAGGGUGGUUGUGGUGUGUUGGUGUUGUUUUCUGUUGAAGUGCUUUGAUAUGGCGGCUUCCGUGGAGAAGUUUCAUUGCCCUUUUGUGGGUCUUAGCGGGUGCCAGGAUGGGGGUGGGUGUGGUUUGGUGAGGAGUUCACUGCUCACUCACGUACGUGAUCGUCAUUGUUUCUCUGGUGUGCGGGAUGUAACACGUCAUUUCCUUACUACCAAUUUGGAGGUUUUUACUUCGGCUGAGGUGAACUUUCGUCGUUUGGGAAUUUGGCUGUGUGGGGAUUGUUUCAAGACACAUACUCAUCGUACUAGGUGUCGUCAUGGCAGUGGUUCUAGUACUGUUUUUGUGGACCCACCCGAUUCUGGGGAUGGAAUUAUUCGUUUUAUUCUCUACGGUAUUCAAAAACCGCAAGCUCCUACUUCCGAGCUGUCUACUUCUGAUGGGCCUCGAGAACAUCAUUUUUCCUUUGAUGUUGCUCUUCUAGACACUUUAUGGUCUAAGCGGUUGCGUUUUGUGAAAUCCAUCCCUCCCAAAUGUCGUUUGGGUUUUUCACGAGUUCUAAAAGGGGCGCUUGAUAAGGUGAUUUGCAGACCAGAUGACAUCGCUUGUUGGGUUCAGUUGCUCGUGUUACCUCUUUGUGUCCUCAAGACUUUUUCUCCGCGAAGUAAUCGUGAGUGUUCCUCCGGUGUUAGGCGUCGAUGACAGGAAGAGGGUAUCACCUCUGCUAUUCGUUCUUGGAGUGUGCCUGGUGGUUCUGAGCAACUUGUCAUAGACACAUUGGCUAGCGUGUCUCCCCCUCUAUUGGAUGUUGACGAGUACCAUGAUUUGGCGGAGCGUAAUAUUAAGCAAUGCAAGAGAAAGAUUUCUGACGGUCACUACACUGCUGCCGUUAGAGUUCUUUCGUCCUCAGGUCUUGCCCCUUACAAUGAUGCUACUCUUGCAGAUUUGCAAGCAAAGCACCCUUCCGUUCCGGUCCCUAACUUACCGGAUAUCCCUGUUGAUCAUCACCUUACUGCUUCCUCCGCUGUUGUGUUGGAGCAGAUUAGGGGCUUUCCGCGUGGUACUUCGUGUGGUAGAGAUGGCUUGCGUGCUCAACAUCUUUUGGAUUGCUUGGGUGGUGCUGCUGUAGCUGUUU